UUCUGUCAUCCGUGUGGAAAUGGGACUUAUAUGGCUAAAGCCAAUGAACAGAAACAAUGCAUCUCAUGUUCUAUCUGUGAUUCAGGAUUUGGUCUGAAGGUAAAGCAGGCGUGUACGCAGACAUCAGACACAAUCUGUGAACCUCUGGAGGGAUUCAAACUCUGUAAACCGGGACAAUACAUCAGCAAAACAGGAACGUCGUCCUCAGACACCGAGUGUUCUGACUGCAGCACAGGAACGUUUUCAGACGGAUCAGUCACUUCCUGUCAGCCUCACACACGAUGUGAAACGUUAAAACUUCAGCUGAUAAAAGCAGGAACAGCUUCAGCUGAUGCAGAAUGUGGAGAGAAAAGUUUCACAGGGAUUGUGACUGGAGUCGUGGUGGCUGCUGCUGCAGUACUGACUGGCCUCGCUGUAACUACGAUUUUAUACAUAAAGAAAAAAAGAAAAAAAC